GUCUGCCCCAGUAUCCGUAUCCAUCGACAUGAUGCUAAGAUGCAAUUGGCAAAAUUUUAGAGAUUCACCUUUGGUGUUGGCUCUGGUCAACUUGCGGGUUCGAUAGGGCAGUCACCGAACACCACCACACCGAAACUGUUUACGGAUGUCUUCCUUGCGCAAAACCUCUGAAAUGGCCAACACGAAGAAGAGUGCAAUCAACCAAGUCGUUACUCGUGACUACACGAUUCACUUGCACAAGAGACUUCACGGCGUCUCUUUCAAGAAGCGCGCUCCUCGUGCCAUCAAGGAGAUUGUUGCUUUCGCCCAAAAGCACAUGCAAACCAAGGAUGUUCGUGUUGACCCUCAAUUGAACAAGGAGGUUUGGAAGCGUGGCAUUAAGUCCGUUCCCCACCGUCUCCGUCUCCGCUUGUCUCGUAAGCGUAGUGACGAGGACGAUAAGGCUCUUUACACUUACGUCCAAGCCGUUGAGGUCGCCAACCCUAAGAUGGAGACCACUGUUGUUGAGGAGUAAGCCAUUUUGCCAAAAGCGCGUUUCUUUUAAACAUCUUGUAUUGUAUUGAUCGUAGGUGGGGGUGAACUGGGCUUGUA